AUGGUUGGAUUGUCAGAUGAAUUUGAGGAAGCGAGAGAUCAUAUGCUUGCAGAAGAUGAAAAGAAAUGGUUAUCCGUUAUUGGGAUGGCAGGGGUUGGAAAGACAACUCUUGCUAAGAAAGUAUUUGACGAUCCAUCAAUUCAGAAACAUUUCGAUGGAUCCCAACACUCGCGACCAACCCAAGGAGAGGAUGCUGACGAUCAGAAAGUAGUUGCACUUUUGGAAGAGAGGUUGAAGGAUAAGAAAUGCCUCGUUGUGUUGGAUGAUGUAUGGGAAUGGGACACACAGUUAAUGGGUACCUUGCAAGAAAAGAAUGUCCGAAUUUUGCUUACAAGCAGGCUAAGAAUUAAAAAUUCUCAAUUUUUUCUUGAAGUACACUUAUUGAAUAAAGAAGAAAGUAAGAAAUUACUUGGUGAGAAGAUUUUCGGUGACAAAGGUUUCCCACCUUACCUUGAGGAAUUGGAAGAAAAGAUUGCAGAAAAAUGUGAAGGUCUUCCACUUAUGAUAGUUACAGUUGCAGGUCUCCUAAGAAAAGCCAACAAGGAUACCGGAGAAGAGCUUGACAAUAGUACCCAAAUAUACUGGACUGAGGUAGCUGAAAAACAACAAAGUUCUGUCUUUGUGAAUGUGUAUGAUCAAAUAUCAGAGGAUCUUGGUUUUCAACUGAAAAUUGUCGUGUGCAUUCUUGCUGGCAGCACUUGUGAUCUUGGUUUUCAACUGAAAAUUGUCGUGUGCAUUCUUGCUGGCAGCACUUGUUAUCUUGCUCUAAUGUGCAACAAAGAGCUCCCUGCGUCUAUAUCCAACCUUGUACACCUUCAAUUCUUGACAAUCUAUUCAUAUGAGCACAUUAUAAAGCGCGGAGUUGUGCCAUAUAUGCCAAUGGAAAUAUGGGACAUGCAAAACCUACAAUUUCUUCAAGUCCCAGGAAGAGACUUACCAACCCCGAAUUCUGAUUCCAAUGCUAUGUUGGAAAAAGUCUGUUAUAUUGCAGGCGUGGGUACAAAGAGUUGCACUGUAGAAAUUCUUAAAAGAAUCUCGAACAUAACUUUUCUAUACAUUGAUAGUGUUAGGAAGCCUUAUGAUGAAGAUGAUGAUGAUAGCAACUCAUUAAGUGGCUUGGCUAAUAUCUCAGAGGAACUCCAGAAUUUGAUAUUUCUUGGAUACGACGUAGUGUACGCAAAUAUGAAGUGGAAGAGUAUGGUUCCUCUUUCAAUGUUCCCAUCAAGUCUAACAUUUUUAAUCCUGAAUGGUAUAGGGUAUCCUUGGCAGUACAUGAACGACAUUGGUUCGAUGCUACCAAAUCUUGUUAACCUCAUACUAAAAGAUUAUGCCUUUCGAGACCCAAAGUGGGAUCUAGAAUCAAGUUGUUUUUUGAAACUUGUGAAACUUGUAAUUGAAGACACUGAUUGGGUGGAAUUGAGAGCUCAAAAUGUGUAA